GGGCUGGUUUCCCCGUUGGACGCCGCGUCUUUGCUCUCGGCUCCCCGGUGCGGGUUUGAGUUUGAGAGGCGCUGCUCUUUCACUGUCUGGGUUCCUGGGGCUACACAUCCGGACCCCGCAGACAUGUCGGGGUUCAGCCCGGAGCUCAUCGACUAUCUGGAAGGGAAGAUCUCCUUUGAGGAGUUCGAAAGGCGGAGAGAAGAGAGAAAAACCCGCGAGAAGAAAAGUCUUCAGGAAAAAGGAAAGUUAUCAGCUGAAGAAAAUCCAAAUGACUCUGAAGUUCCAUCAUCAUCAGGAAUUGAUUCUACCAAAUCCCAGGAAAAAGAUGCCAGUGAAGGAGAAACAUCUGAUGGAGUUAGUAAGUCAGUUCACAAAGUCUUUGCUUCCAUGCUUGGAGAGAAUGAAGAUGAUGAGGAAGAAGAGGAAGAAGAGGAGGAGGAAGAAGAAACACCUGAGCAACCCACUGCAGGAGAUGUGUUUGUGUUGGAGAUGGUCCUUAAUCGUGAAACCAAGAAAAUGAUGAAAGAAAAAAGGCCUCGGAGUAAACUUCCCAGAGCUCUGAGAGGUCUCAUGGGGGAAGCCAACAUUCGCUUUGCUCGGGGAGAACAUGAAGAGGCAAUAUUGAUGUGCAUGGAAAUCAUACGACAAGCUCCCCUGGCUUAUGAGCCAUUCUCUACUCUUGCCAUGAUCUAUGAGGACCAAGGUGACAUGGAGAAAUCUCUGCAGUUUGAGUUGAUUGCUGCACAUUUAAAUCCCAGUGACACUGAAGAAUGGGUUAGAUUGGCAGAAAUGUCUCUGGAACAAGAUAAUAUUAAGCAGGCUAUUUUUUGCUACACAAAAGCUCUUAAAUAUGAACCUACUAAUGUCCGUUACCUGUGGGAGCGAUCAAGUCUUUACGAACAGAUGGGAGAUCAUAAAAUGGCAAUGGAUGGUUAUAGGCGUAUUUUAAACCUUUUGUCUCCAUCUGAUGGAGAACGAUUUAUGCAAUUGGCUAGAGAUAUGGCAAAGAGUUACUAUGAAGCCAAUGAUGUUACUUCAGCUAUUAACAUAAUUGAAGAAGCUUUCUCAAAACACCAGGGCCUAGUCUCCAUGGAAGAUGUUAACAUAGCAGCUGAACUAUACAUUUCUAACAAACAAUAUGACAAAGCUUUGGAGGUAAUUACAGAUUUUUCUGGAAUCGUGCUAGAAAAAAAAACUGCAGAAGAAGGCACUUCGGAAGACAAUAAAGCUGGGGAGAACGUUACCUGUGCUAUACCUGACGGAGUGCCGAUAGAUAUCACAGUGAAGCUGAUGGUCUGCCUGGUGCAUCUCAACAUCCUUGAACCACUUAAUCCUCUUUUGACAACACUAGUGGAACAGAAUCCUGAAGAUAUGGGAGACCUCUAUUUAGAUGUUGCUGAAGCUUUUCUGGAUGUUGGUGAAUAUAAUUCUGCACUUCCUCUCCUUAGUGCACUAGUCUGCUCUGAAAGAUACAACCUUGCAGUAGUUUGGCUUCGGCAUGCAGACUGUUUAAAGGCCUUAGGCUACAUGGAACGUGCUGCUGAAAGCUAUGGGAAAGUGGUUGAUCUGGCUCCGCUCCAUCUGGAUGCAAGAAUUUCACUUUCCACCCUUCAGCAGCAGCUGGGCCGUCCUGAGAAAGCUCUGGAAGCUCUUGAACCAAUGUAUGAUCCAGACACUUUAGCACAGGAUGCAAAUGCGGCACAGCAGGAACUGAAGUUAUUGCUUCAUCGUUCUACUCUAUUGUUUUCACAAGGCAAAAUGUAUGGUUAUGUGGACACCCUACUUACCAUGUUAGCUAUGUUUUUAAAGGUAGCAAUGAAUAGAGCCCAGGUCUGUUUGAUAUCCAGUUCCAAAUCUGGAGAGAGGCAUCUCUACCUCAUUAAAGUGUCAAGAGACAAAAUAUCAGACAACAAUGACCAAGAGACAGCAAAUUGUGAUGCAAAAGCAAUAUUUGCUGUACUCACGAGUGUUUUGACGAAAGAUGACUGGUGGAACCUUCUGUUGAAGGCCAUAUAUUCCUUAUGUGACCUAUCCCGAUUUCAGGAGGCUGAGUUACUUGUGGAUUCUUCAUUGGAAUAUUAUUCAUUUUACGAUGACAGACAAAAACGCAAAGAACUAGAAUACUUUGGUCUCUCUGCUGCAAUUCUGGACAAAAAUUUCAGAAAGGCAUACAACUAUAUCAGGGUAAUGGUAAUGGAAAAUGUCAAUAAACCCCAGCUCUGGAACAUUUUCAAUCAAGUUACCAUGCAUUCUCAAGAUGUACGCCAUCAUCGUUUCUGUCUCCGUUUAAUGCUGAAAAACCCAGACAGUCAUGCCCUGUGUGUGUUAAAUGGACACAAUGCAUUCGUGUCUGGUAGUUUUAAACACGCCCUUGGCCAGUAUGUACAAGCCUUUCGCUCCCGUCCCGAUGAACCUCUCUAUAACCUCUGUAUAGGCCUAACCUUUAUUCACAUGGCAUCUCAGAAGUAUGUAUUAAGGAGACAUGCUCUUAUUGUGCAGGGCUUCUCCUUUCUUAAUCGAUACCUCAGUCUACGUGGGCCUUGCCAGGAAUCUUUCUACAAUUUGGGCCGUGGCCUUCACCAGCUGGGGCUGAUUCAUCUUGCAAUCCAUUAUUAUCAGAAGGCCCUGGAGCUCCCUCCACUUGUGGUAGAGGGUAUAGAAGUUGAUCAGAUCGACUUACGAAGAGAUAUUGCCUACAACUUAUCUAUCAUUUAUCAGGGCAGCGGGAAUAUUGCAAUGGCACAAAAACUUUUGUAUACCUAUUGUUCUAUAUAGGGCACCUCGGCUGAAAAGGAGCACAGAGUAGCUGUUGUGCGUGGACCAGUGUUUUCUGUCUCAGGGCUUAUUAUUAGCCCCAAAAUGGAAAUGAUAAUUUCAGAAUUAUCUAACCGUGUAUUUCAUAUUUGAUAUGUGAUAAUCAUCUUUUGGUAGAUGUGCAAAAAUUAUCAUUCCUAUAAGAAUUUGUAUAUUGUUCUGUCAUUUUCCUUUAGCAUUUUUUAGUAAAAUUGUCCCCAAAGCUGAAAUGGACAGUAAUAAUCUUUGAGUUAGCUUGGAGUCAAAUACACUAAUUUUUCACUCA